CAGUCCUUUAAAGACCUAAGUGUUUCAUGACUUGACAUGGUGCAAGGGGAGGGGGACGAUGGAGAAAAUAGGACCAGGGUGGGGGGUACACCCCCCACCAACAAAAUUAGUUUAGGGGCUCUAUCCACCGAUUUGUACUGCUUCAGGAGGAAGUGCGUAGCAGAGGCUGUAAUUUGGGCUAAGAUAAGAAAAAGUGAGAAGAGAAGAAUGGGGAAAAGAAGGGCAAAGGGGAUCAAAAAAGAACAGAAGAAAGGGAGAAGAGUGAUGAGAAAAGAGAGAAGAGGAAGACAUAUGAAGAGGAUAUAUGUGAGAAAGAAACACGGAACAGGUUCCAGGCCUAAACGUGAAAGGAACAGAAACUUCCUCAAAAAAAGUCAUGUAGAAAAAAUUGGAAAUGCCUUUCACAGCUUCAAAAACAACCUAGAAUAUCAAGACAUAAUGGGAGCAUUUUUAGACAAGCCAAAGAUGGAAAAACAUAAUGCCCAGGGGCAGGGUAAUGGGUUGCGAUAUGGGCUAAGCAGCAUGCAAGGUUGGCGAGUUGAAAUGGAGGAUGCACAUACGGCUGUGAUCGGUUUGCCAAGUGGACUUGAAACAUGGUCAUUCUUUGCUGUGUAUGAUGGGCAUGCUGGUUCUCAGGUUGCCAAAUACUGCUGUGAGCAUUUGCUAGAUCACAUCACCAAUAACCAGGAUUUUAAAGGGUCUGCAGGAGCACCUUCUGUGGAAAAUGUAAAGAAUGGAAUCAGAACAGGUUUUCUGGAGAUUGAUGAACACAUGAGAGUUAUGUCAGAGAAGAAACAUGGUGCAGAUAGAAGUGGGUCAACAGCUGUGGGUGUCUUAAUUUCUCCUCAACAUACUUAUUUCAUUAACUGUGGAGACUCGAGAGGUUUACUUUGUAGGAACAGGAAAGUUCACUUCUUCACACAAGAUCACAAACCAAGUAAUCCGCUGGAAAAAGAACGAAUUCAGAAUGCAGGUGGUUCUGUAAUGAUUCAGCGUGUGAAUGGCUCUCUGGCUGUAUCGAGGGCCCUUGGGGACUUUGAUUACAAAUGUGUUCAUGGAAAAGGUCCUACAGAGCAGCUUGUCUCACCAGAGCCCGAAGUCCAUGAUAUUGAAAGAUCUGAAGAAGAUGAUCAGUUCAUUAUCCUUGCAUGUGAUGGUAUUUGGGAUGUUAUGGGAAAUGAAGAGCUCUGUGAUUUUGUAAGAUCCAGACUUGAAGUCACUGAUGACCUUGAGAAAGUUUGCAAUGAAGUAGUCGACACCUGUUUGUAUAAGGGAAGUCGAGACAACAUGAGUGUGAUAUUGAUCUGUUUCCCAAAUGCACCCAAAGUAUCACCAGAAGCAGUGAAGAAGGAGGCAGAAUUGGACAAGUACCUGGAAAGCAGAGUAGAAGAAAUCAUAAAGAAGCAGGGGGAAGGCGUCCCUGACUUAGUCCAUGUGAUGCGCACAUUAGCAAGUGAGAACAUCCCCAGCCUCCCACCGGGGGGUGAAUUGGCAAGCAAGCGGAAUGUAAUUGAAGCCGUUUACAAUAGACUGAAUCCUUACAAAAAUGAUGACACUGAUUCUACAUCGACUGAUGAUAUGUGGUAAAACUGCUCAUCUAGCCAUGGAGUUUACCUUCACCUCCAAAGGAGAGUACAGCUCAACUUCCUUGAACCUUUUAAACAUCCCUCCUCAACUUUAAAGAAGGACAUGUGUCAUGGGUGAGAGUGGAUCACACCAGAGAACUUCAGCAGUACAACAGCUAGCCCAGAACUGAUUGUUUUGUUUUUUUUUGUAAAUUUGAGACUUAUGUAAACGUGAUUUCAAACCAUAAUUCAUGUUGUAAAUCAGACUCCAGCAAUUUUUGUUGUAUGAUUUUGUUUUUUGUAAAGUGUAAUUGUCCUUGUACAAAAUGCUCAUAUUUAAUUAUGAACUGCUUUAAAUCACUAUCAGAGUUACAAACAAAUGUUUGGCUUGUUGUGUGAUGCAACAGAUAUAUAGCCCUUUCAAGUCAUGUUGUGUUUGGACUUGGGGUUGGGACAGGGAGAGCAGCAGCCAUGUCAGCUAGGCACUCAAAUGUGCACAUGACUAUGGAGAAGAAUUCCCAAAUCUUACAAAGCCGGACAUCCAGGGAGUUAACUGAAAACUGUCUUCAUGUUUUGGCAGUGGGGUUGGCACUGUUGAUAAAGCUGGUCCCUUCAUUUAACUGUCGUCUAGGUUGUUCUCUCCUUGUUGCCAGGAGUAUUGCAGGUAAUACAGUAUAUUCAUAAGAAUAUCAAUCUUGGGGCUGAAAUGCCUUGAUUCUUUGCACCUCUUUUCCAAGUCCUUACAUUGAAUUACUAAUUGAUAAGCAGCAGCUUCCUACGUAUAGUAGGAGACUGCCACAUUUUUGCUAUCAUGAUUGGCUGGGCCUGCUGCUGUUCCUAGUAAGGUAUUCUGAAUUCCAUUUUAUCAAUAAAGCUUGAUUUAACAAACAAGAAAUUUAAUCAUGUAUGUGUAAUUCCUCCUUUACCCCGCCCUUUUAAAACACCAUGCCAUUGUAAGUGAGAAGUUUCUCGUGGGGAAAGAUGUUUGUCUCUUUUAAUUGGGAAAUAAUGUUACUCACGGCACAGAUGGAACUGUUUCCCUUCCAUUAGAAAGACUAAAAGAUUUAAAUCUCUGUUGUUUCUUGAUCUGUUUUUUAAUGGGUUUCUUUCUGGCUGCUUAUUUUUCAUUCUAUGUGUAUCAGCUUGAAUUUGCCUACUGUUUAAUUAAAAUAAUUGUCAGAGCUUGACAAUCUAACACUCUAUAGUAGGGGUGUGCGUGUGUGUGGGUGGGUGGGUGGGUGUGCGCGUGUGUGCACGUGCGUGUGUUUGCCUGUGAUUUUUAAUGGACUCAUGUCUUUAGAAUCCAAGUAGUUAAGAUGUAUUUGUGAUUUGAAAUAGAGCAUGUUGCUAAUAUUUAGCUGUUGGCCUUUAAAAAUAACAUUCGAAGCUUAAGGAAUUGUAGAUAUAAAAAUAACCUAAUUUAAUUUAGGCUUAAAUUCCUCUGAUUAAGCAUGUGAAAGUAAGUUUUAAAAUCUGUCACGUUGAAAAGACUACUGUUUUGUGCCCUUCUGUAUUUUUGUCUCUUUAGGUUGAAUAUUGUAUUUAUUGCCGUGUAAUUUAAUCAUUCAGUAGGCAGAUUCCCCACUAGAAAUUAUUAAAAUGUAAGAUUACAAUACAACAUUGAAUACAAAAUCAAAACUCUGUGUAUAAAAGGUAGUAUAAUCAACUUUGUUACAUUUGUUUUUUCCCUAACUUGGAAAUAUACAUAUUUGUAUAUAUAGCCUUAAAACUAAUGUAAAGUUAGGGGAGUAGUGGGAAAAGUAAUGUGAAAUGUCUCAGAUUUAAGUAGUUACAUACCAGCAAAACCUUUUCAUUAUCCCCCUUAUUUGUGAGGCGAUUAAAUGUAAUUUAAUUGUAUUUAAUUUAUAUCUCAAUCCAGCAUGAAUGAAGAAAAACAAGUACUAUUUAUAUUUAGAAAUUCAUAAGUUGGAAUUACAGAACCAAUUCCAUACUUACAAAUAAAUGCUCAGUGUCUAAAUCUGUGGUAGAGUGCGAAGUAUGAUAAUGUUCUAAGUUAUGGCUUUGCAAGCAUCUCAGUGUGCAUUUAAUGAAUACAAUGCUUCUAGUAUAGAGUGAUUACCAGACAUACUAGUACUGAAAACUAAAUUCCUAUUAUAAGAAGCCAGGUUCUUAAUUUUUUAAGUAAACUGAAUUUUUUAGUUCUAGAAAUUGCAAAACUUUGAAUUGGAUUUUGAUCUGCAAAAUCAUAAAUCACAAGUUAAAAUAUGUGAUGGAGAGCUGUAUUUCAAACCAUAACAGCAUAUUUAGAGCUUUUUUUUUUGAGAGUUUUUAAAUAAAAAAGAGGAAGUUAAGCUAUUCCUCUGUUAAAAUUAUUAGUACUGAAAUGAAGCUUGGAAGUGAGAGAAAACUAUUAAAUGUUCUCUGAGAAGACUAAAUCUUUUCCACAUGAGUCAGCAUUGCCAUACUAGAUAUAACCUUUCAUUAUAAAAAAGGAAGUAUCCGUUAUUAUAGCAGACUGUGUGUGUUCUUGAUUCCUGGGGGUAAUGGUGGUGGUGGGAACCGACCACACGUUUAAAAGGCACUUUUGCACCUCUAUGGUGCACUUCAUUUUUGUACCACUUAAGUUCUUGCCCUCCCAACCCCCUUUUGUGUGCUAAUUAGCAUCUCAGGGCAAUGCCUCAAAAUUUUUCAAUGUGUUGUAUGUUAUUUUCUUUGGAGGGUGAAAGUUCUUUUGUGAUGAUAAUAUACCAUUCAAAAUGUACUUUCAUUUAAGUGUUUUCUUAGGAUGAACUCAUUUUGCUGCUUGUAAUAGGAAAUUCAUUUUGUGUAGCAGACUCUUAACCCUAACAUUAAAAAAUUUCACUGGUCUCUUACUGUCGUAGCAGUAAGCUCUCUUAAUUUCCACUUUGUUAAGGAAUAUACUUUUAUAGAUAACAGAAGCAGUUCUCAAUAUUAGCAUUAACUUUACAAAAUCCAAAUGGUAUUUUUCUUAUUUAGCUUUAGAACUAUUUCAAACAUUUUUAAUUAUAAUGCUUGCUUCUAGAGUACUAUGCAAUUAGUAUACUGCUCCAGCCACUUAUUUUUUAUUACUACAUUAAGAAAUUUAGAUUAAAGAAUAAAUUAUGUAAUUCAAAUAAUCUGAGUUAUACUAGCAUUUUUAGUGAUCAUCCAUCUGACCACAUAUUAAUUCCACUAAUCAGCUUUCUCACAAAACAUAUUGAGUGUUAUCUGCAAAACACUGUUCUAGGCGAAGUAGCUUGGAACUAUAAAGAAAUGACUAGAUCCUUGCCCUCAAGGAGUUUACAUUUGAGUAGAAUUUAUAAUCUAACAUAUGUUAAUAUUAUAACUGAAUCACUCAUCCAAAAAAAAAAAAAAAAAUAGCUGUCACCCUCCUACUGUCUGCCAGAUAAUUUUCCUGAAUAAGGCAGGUCUCUGUCCUAAAGAGCUCAUUUAUGCUUCCAUUAUUCACUUGAAAACUUCCAUUUGUUUUCCUCUCCCCAAAGUUAAAAUCUCAUUCAAAAGAAAAUUUUGCUCAGCAUAGUAAUAAUAUAGGACUGAUGAGGCUCAAAUCUAUUCAGUAUGCUUGACUACCUUUAACAAAUGGCCUUUUACUACUCCUGCUAUAAAAUUAGUUUCCUGCUAUAUACAGACAGCUAAAUUUAAGAAAAAUUCUGUUUCUUUGAAACACACUGCCAUUAAUAUCUAGUUUUAGCCAAAUGAUUAUUAUAUGUGUUAAUUUUUAAAAAUAAUUUCACUGCCCAUCUUUACUGGACAAGUUCAUAUGUGAAUUCAAUUUGUGAUUUCUGAAAGAAGUGACAAAAUUGGUUAUAGGUUUUCUUUUUUAAUUUUGAAUUUCAUGAUGUAUACUUUUAAUUCAUAAAAUUUGAAUUAGAGGUAUAAGCCUAUAAUGUUUUGUUAUUUGUACAGUAUUAUAUUAGGAUUUGGUAGUAGAAAAUAUGUAAAUAUUUCAGUACAUAAAUGUUUCUCUUUUGAGGUUUUUCUUUGAAGGAACCUUAAAGAGUUUCAUACUUUUGCUUGCAGAUACUGCCGGUGAGAUGACCAUUUUGUAACUGAGUGAUCUAGUCCUCUCAUUAGUUUUUCUUUUAGGCAUUAGGAGGAGUUCUUUAUAGUUUAAAACUUUAGAAGCAUAAUUUUACUUUAUUUUCUUCAAUAAUGUGCCAUGAGUUUUGGAUUGUAUUUUUAAAUUCUAUGUUACUUUAGAAUAUGCUUGAAAUAUUUAAGGAUACAUUUUCUAAAUGUUGCGAGUAUAAUACUGUAUUGUUUUGUAGGUCAGAAUAGUUAAGUCUCAAGUGUUAGUUAUUACUGAUAAUCAGAAUGCCAUCAGAAAUGAUGAGAGGCAUUUGGUUCCACUUGAUUGUCAAAUGAACAUUUCUCCAUUUGUUCACCUUCACUCAUUCUUUCCCUUUUACCUGCUUUAUGUAUUAACCUAGUGGCCUCUGCUCUCGUAUUUUUCUGGUUAUAUUACCAGCAGGUAGGAGUGCGCCAACUAGAAACACUCAGAUGUAUUGAAAUUAUAGUUGACCAACUUGCAUUUUAUUAGAUGGGGGAAAAUGUUGUUUGGAUUGAUGUAACAAAGAAGUGACUUUUUUCCCUCCCUUAUCCAGCACGAAAUGUUGCUUUAUUUCCUCUACUGCCCUCUUUGUGGCGGUUGUCUCUCUGUCUCUUUUUCAAACGUAAGCAGGCUGAUUCCAUUUUCUUGAGCAAGAGUUUAGGGCAUUACUUCACCAAGGCCAAUUUCUACUGUAUAAAACUGGGCCGAAAAAAAGAAAAUUUGGGAGAUGCCAGUGAGGAGGACAGAGAGGAUUACUCUUAAUUGUUGUAAAAGCCAUAGAGAGAUCUUCCUCUAGCCAGGCUAUUAAGAACUGUUACAUAAACCGGCAAGAACCAACCUUUGCUUCUUCAGAUCAUUUGAUUUUCCAUCAAGGGAGAUAAUGAUAAACAAAAAUACUGCUGCUUCAACUUAAAAACAGAAAAAAUAAAUGCAAAUGUUUAUUCACCACAAAACCCAA